AUGUAUAAAAGAAGUCUUCUAAUUCUAGCGCUACAGAAUGAAGUUAGCGCCUUCUGGACAUCAUCCUCAUCAUCUCAAAAUGGAGUCAACCCAUCGACUCCACCGUGCACAGCGAAGCGCCAGAGGCUCCAAAAAGUCCCCUGGAAUUGGUGGAUGAUCAGACAAAGCAACGAGCACACCCCUGACUGCGACGAGUACGGCUAUUUCCUGCCAAAACAGUGCAGCGAUAAAAACACCAUGACCUCAUUGAGCAACAAAGACAAGCUCUGUUGCUCUUCUUCAUUCCCGACAAAUUGUAAAGUCAGAGCUGUCGGCUGCAGCACAUGUAUCCUCCAAGCAAAUAUUCUUCAAUGUACAGAGCGCAAAGGAUGCGCAAACCCUUCUCCUCCCCUCUGUUUGGAAUUUAUCAGCGAAAAACCUCAACUUACUUCAUUUUCUCCUUCAAGAAACGAAUUCAAAAAUCAACCAAAAGAAUUUGUCAAACACCAAGUCGAUAACAUUAGCUUUCAUUAUCAUUUUUUGAACAAUUUUUUAAUUCAAAAAAGUCCAAAAACUUAUAUUUCCCGCCCUCAAGUCUUCCAACCGGUGGCCAAAUUACCACCAUCAACAUCAUCAUCAUCAUCAACAAGCAUAUUUAACAACAGCAACAGCAAGAAGCUUCCAACGAUAGAAAAGUGCUGUACCGCCCGCCCAGGCUAUCGAAGCAAAUGUCCGGAAACAUCGCCUUCUGGCUGUGAACUAGUCGGCUGUUGCUGGGACCAGAGCAGGAAUGAAUGCUUUCGGAGGGACUACAAGUGCUCUACUAUUUCCUACGCUCCAGCUCCUACACUUAGGAGCACUACAAGACGUCCGGUCAAUUAUACAACUCCACGUCGAAUCACUGCUCCGCAGGUGCAAGCAGAAUGGUAUCUUUGGUCUGGCUGGCACGACUGUAACUGCGAAGUCCGGAAGCAAGAGCGAUUUCGAGGCUGCAACGGUGGAAUGCCUGGUCAAGGCAAUUGCAUAGGAAAGAACUACAUGUUCAAGCCAUGCGAAGAUGGCGAUCUUCAACGAGCUUGCAGUCCUUCAAAAUGGGCUGACUGGGAAGAAUGGGGAGCUUGUUCAACUUCAUGCGGCGUUGGGCAAAAAUCCCGCUACAGAUCGUGUCCAGAAGGGCAAGAAUGCCAAGGCUCAGCUAAAGAAACAUCUAAUUGCUACUCAGCUAGCUGUCCAACUUGGUCUUCCUGGUCCGAGUUCGGUCCUUGCACUGCUACUUGUUCUGUUGGUCACAAGUCAAGGAGAAGAACCUGUUCAAACGGAAACUGCGAUGGAGAGGCUGAAGAAGUAAUCCCAUGCGAUUCCGGGAUUAUCUGCGCAGUAUGGACGGAUUGGGCGUCUUGGGAGCCAUGCUCGGUCUCUUGCGGUCCCGGCACAACGAAGAGAACGCGAAGUUGUGGCGGAUCUGGCGAAGCUACGUGCGAAGGAGACUCGGUUCAGCAGAAGAUUUGUCUUAGCGGCUUUUGCGCUCCAGAAUGGUCAAAUUGGGGAAGCUGGUCAGAGUGCUCUGAAGAUUGCGGUCCAGGAACACGUUCACGAUCGCGCAACUGCUCUAAAUCCGGUUGCGAUGGCUUAUCCGAAGAGACAGAGGAAUGUCAAAAUCAACCUUGCAUGGAUUCACCGCUCAUACUUUGGUCUGAAUGGGGUUCAUGGGAAUUUCACAAGGACGAAAAUAACAUUCAAAGACAGAGAGACUGUUUAUCCGAAUUUGACUGUAAUGGAGAAGCUCAUGAGACUGUACCUUGCCCUGAAGAGUGCCCUUAUCUUUCUGGCUGGUCAAGUUGGAAAGUUGACGAGGCUCUUUCAGACACCGGAACCGUCUAUAAACGAGUGUCUUUAUGUCAGGAUCAAUUAUCUGUGAGAAUACGAGCUCUUUGCGGAAAUUACUUGAACAAAGUCGAGCGCAAAGAUUGUUCAAAGCUCGGCGUUUGUGGAUCCUGGACGAGUUGGUCUAGUUGGAAUGCUGUGGAUGAAUACACGCAGUCUGCAGUGAGAAACUGUUUUGGAGAAGAGCCUUUGCUAUGCAAGGGAGAGUCGACAAAGCAAAGAAAAUUGACCAGUUGGUCGAAAUGGCAGCAUCAAGAAGCGGAAGCGAGAAUUUAUCGAGAGCGCGUCGCUUGCUACAAUUCUGAUGACUGUGAUGAUCCAGAAGUCGAGCUGGAAAGCUGUGAAGAUGUCAACUGUCCGAAGUGGACUGAUUUUUCCGAUUGGGAAGCUUACCUUGGUCCUGGAAAUUUUAGGAGAAGUCGAAGCUGUAUUCUCGGCGAUACAGAUGCAAAAUGCGUCGGUGCCGCUGAAGAAUUAAUUGACUGUGAAAUCAACCAUUGCGGAGUCUGGUCAGACUGGUCUAAAUGGAGCCUUCUCGAAGAUCCUGAGCCGGAAGAAAUGAAAGAAGGACGCGAUUCAGGUGCAUCAGAGAGCUCCGGGCUCGAAGGGAAUAAUCCGGCUGGCGACGCGCGGCCCGUUAAAACUUUCAAACGGAACCGCAACUGCAUCAAUGGAGCGCCAGGCUUCCCAUCGUGCAUUGGGCCGAGGGAUGAUAUAUUCAUAUGUGAGCUUCAAUACUGUCCGAAACUCACUGAGUGGAGCGACUGGAUUGUUGAUAUGGAUGAAAGAGUCAUAAGAAGAACAAGAACAUGCGAAAAUAAUGAGAAAAUUGACUGCGAAGGGGAUUUAACUGAAGAAAGAGACUGUUCUCCUGAAACAUGCCCAUCUUGGACCAGCUGGACAGAAUGGUUUGGAACUUGCGAUGAAGAAAAAUGCACACAAAAUCGAGUCCGAGAACUGUCAAUUGAUGGAUACGAUGAAAAAUUAGCAAUAUCCGCGGAAAAUCAACUUGAGCUCAUCAAACAGACUGAGGCGCAGUGCACUUGUUCCGGCAGCUGGCAAGAAUGGACAAAGUGGAGCCUCGCGGCCACGAGCAGAUUACAGCGCUCUAAAUCGUGCGAUCAGAGUGAUUGUGUAAACUUUGAGUCGUACGCGUGUAAGUUCGAUGAAGACUGUCCUCCUCAGUCAGAAUGGAGCCAGUGGAUGGGGAUAUCUUACGAUACUGAAAGGAGAACAAGACAGUGUUGUUCUGGCAACGUUUCAGAAUAUCGAGUAUCAGCAAAGACGCAGCCUGAAACAUCAGAAGAAACAACUACAUCGACAACAAUUUCGCCAACAUUUUCGAGCUCGAUUUUUACCUCAGCAUCAUCAAUGACCUCACCAACUUCUUCCGUCACCACUGAAUCUACUUUUAUAUCACCAGAAACAGCUGAAUCGGCGAGUAUAAGAACGACUGAAGAACCACCAGAACCUUCCGAGACAAUUGUUAAUCAGAAUUCAAGCAGUGGUAAAAGAGGGCAAAGAAAUUUGAUCUCAACUUUUGAUGAUUGGGGCGCGAUUCAAACAUCAUCUUGGUCAGACUGGAUUGAAAUUAGAGAGUGCACUGCUACAUGUGGAGAUACUGGAAUCACGAUUGUGUCACGACGGUGUAAAACGACCGACUUGUCAAAAUGUGACGAUAUGAGCCAAGAAACUAAAAUGCGAGAAUGCAAUCGAGUUCCGUGCCCGAUUUGGUCUGAGUAUGGAAAGUGGUCAGACUGCAGUGUUGAAUGUGGAGGAGGCGCGCAUAUGAGAUCACGUGAAUGUCUCCACGGCGAAACCGAAGAUUGUCCAGGCUCGCCGCAGCAGAUGAAAUUCUGCAACAUGCAGCAAUGCCCAACUUGGAGCAACUGGAGCGAGUGGUCUCAAUGCUCUCAAUCGUGUCUUGUCGGAGAAAAGAUUCGAACAAGAAGAUGCAUGCAUGGGCGCCCAGGCGAUUGCGGCCCCGAAAGAAGUGAACAACGAGGCGUUUGCGACGAAGGCCUUUGUCCGACUUGGCAAACUUGGGGAGAGUGGACCGAGUGUUCUGCGACAUGUUCUGGAGGAGAAAGAUCUCGCGAGCGAACUUGCCUAAAUGGUAGUUGGGGUCAGCUGGGCUGCAACUCCGAGGAUGAGAAAUCGCAAACUGAGUCUUGCAACACUCAUCCGUGCCCGUAUCUUACCGAUUGGAUUAAAUCAGAGUGCACUGCAUCUUGCGGGCCCGAUGGGAGAUCAGCCUGGUCUCGUACUUGCGUGCAUUACAUCCCUGGCGAGCAUGAAUGCGAAGGGGAAACGGUCAAGACUGUUCCCUGUAACAGUCAACCGUGUCCGGAAUUUACAGAAUGGAGCGAUUACGGACCGUGUUCAAAAACAUGCGGAGGCGGAAGUGAGACAAGAACUCGCGACUGCAUCAACGGUGUUCUUGGCGAAGCGGGCUGUGACGACGAUGCAAGUGAAAGCCAAAGCUGCAAUCAGCAAAGCUGUCCGUUUUGGAAUAUUUGGACAGAAUGGAGUCCUUGUUCUCUGACCUGUACCCCGACAGGAGAGGAUCCACAGAUUCAAACUCGAAGUAGAAACUGUAUCUUUGGAAAUCAAGGCGAUCCUGGCUGCCUUGGUCCAGAUAGUGAAACACAAGAGUGCGAGAAAAAUAUUUGCCCGUAUUGGACAGAGUGGUCAGAGAAAACAGCUUGCACUUCGACUUGCGGCAAGGGCGUGACUUUUCAAUUUCGCGAUUGCGUCAAUGGUAUCCCAAGUGUUUCCCCUGAAUGUCAAGGAAACGCUACUAUGUUUGAGGAAUGCAUGGUGAAAGCAUGCGCCGGCUGGACUGAAUGGUCACGUGACGGCCCGUGCUCUGCCUCAUGCGGUAGUGGACAGAGUAAAAUGAAGCGCGAAUGUAUGAAUGGCAUUGCCGGUGUUGACGCACUCUGCCCCGGAGCUAGUGAAAAAGUUGACGAGUGCAAUUCUAGGGAAUGCCCGCGUUUUGAUGAAUGGAGCGAGUGGAAGGAAUGUUCUCAAACAUGCAACGGUGGCGUACGCAUUCGUGAUCGACAGUGCCUCUUUGGUAAACCGGGCGACAACGGCUGCAAUGGAGAAGUUGUCGACAACGAAAAAUGCAACACUGAAGCUUGUAAAGAGUGGAGCCAGUGGUCUGAUUUCAGCGAAUGUGGAGUCACCUGUGGGAAUGGAAAAAGAUCAAGAACGAGAGAGUGUGUUGGAGAAAUCGGAGAAUGCCCAGGCGAAGGAAUCGAAUUCCAAGACUGUUUCCGCGGACUCUGUCCAAAAUGGGCGCAAUGGGAAGACUGGAGCGCUUGUACUAAAUCUUGUGGUACUGGUGCAAAAUCUCGUGUUCGGGAAUGUUUGAAUGGCGAAUUCGGAGUAGCGGGAUGCACAGAAGAACCUUCGCAAAAUGAUCCCUGCAACGAGCAAGAAUGCCCAUACUGGGAAGAAUGGUCUGAGUGGACAGAGUGCAAUGAAAUUUGCGGAAACCAAAUGACCACUUCUGCGAGACGAUGUAUCAACGGACGAGUUGGCGAUGAAGGCUGCGAUGAUAAAAGCUUCAAGCAAAAAUCUUGUGACUUGCCUCCAUGUAUCGAGUGGGCGCUCUGGACGCAGUGGUCGGAUUGCUCGACUCCUUGUGGCGAUGGAAUUCAAAAGAGAGUCCGAGAUUGCAAAAACGGCGGUGAAGAUGAAUGCCUCGAAAAAGACCCAGAAGAAAAAGCAGUUGAAGAGCGGGAAUGCUUUGAAAACGAGCCCUGUGAUAUUCUCUCCGAAUGGUCUGAAUGGACAACAUGCACGCAUACUUGCUUCGAUGGAUUUACAAUGUCGACCAAGCCUAGAAAGCUUCGGCAACGAUCCUGCACCGAUGCUCUUACAGAAAGCACAGAAGGAACGAUCUGUAAUGGAGAGCUCGUAGAAAGACAAUUUUGUAACAUUGGAAAACCUUGUCCGAGCAUAUUGGUCUCUGAUGUCACAUUCGAAGCGAAUGAAGAAGCUCAAAAUAGAUUGGAAGCUUCAAAAAGAAUUCCCAAUUCCUUGUUUGACGAAGGUUCUAGUUUUGAGGAGGUUGAAGAGCCGAUUUAUGAAUUUGAGGAAGAAGAAGCCGAAGAAGUCCAAAAAUUCGAAGAAAAAGAUGGCUUUUUUGAGAGCUCCGAAGAAAUUGAAAGUGAAGAGAGAUCGAGCAGAAGACUCAAUGGCAACGUAGAAUGGACAAAAAUUCAAGAGCUAAAGGAAGAUGAUAAACUACUAGCUGAGUUUCUACGAACAUGCAUACCAGAAUUAAACGCUGUAACUUGUGGAAAAGGAAAUGGGAUCAUGUUUGGCUGGAACGCCUGCGAUCAAGAUGAUAUCGACGCUGGCCACUGCUACACAAACGGCACUGAUUUCAUAAAGCUAGACAUGGAGAAGUCAUGCGACCUUCCACCUUGUGACAAUAAUGAAAUCAACAUCGACAUUGAUCUUCAAAAUACAAACACAUUCUUUGACGGCGAUGUUCGGACAAGAUUCGAAAACAUAAUUAACAACUAUGGCUUGUUUCCCGACCGACCAGUUGCAAAAAAUAAAAUGAUUGAGGUUUGUCCGAAAUCCGACAUUGUGCUUCUUUUCGACACUUCCAACGACAUCACACCCGGCCAUCUUGAGAACUAUGCUGAUUUCAUAACUGCACUUUUGCGGAAUUUUAACAUAGGAUUGAAUGAGACGCGACUUGCAGUAGUGGAGCAUCACUCGGAGCCGCAGAUAAAAUGGGACCUGCGCGAUUCGCUCUCGAAUAAAUACAUCAAGCAACUUAUUCAGGAUAAUCCUCUCGCUAAAACCGGCGCAGGACUCAAUACAGCGAAAGCAAUCGAUUUCAUUGGCUCGAACGUUUUCUUGCACGGCUACGGAGGUGAUCGCUACUACGCUCCAGAUAUUCUUGUCAUCGUAACUUCUGGAGUUCCCUCUCAAGAAGCUGAAAAAGCAGCUGCUCGUCUCAAGAAUCGAUACGUAGCUGUUGUUGCCAUCGGAAUCGGGACUGACAUUCCUAUGGGAGUUCUCAAUCAAAUGGCUUCCGAUCCUAGUGAGCGACUUGCCAUUCGAAUAAACAACGCUUAUCAACUUCCGAGAACUGCAAAGAAGAUUGCCGCAGCAAUGAAAGAAGCUUGUGUGGAAGCACCUGGCUGGUCGAGUUGGUCGAGCUGGGAGCCAUGCUCUGCAACAUGUGGAGAAGGAGUGACCCGAAGACAAAGGCGUUGCCGUGGAGCUGAGCAAGGGUCUCUAUCUUGCCCCGGGAAAUGGGAAGAAAGCAGAGAAUGUGUGAUCGAAAGAGAAUGUGUCCCAGUUUUCCUGAAAAGCUCCGAGGAAAUAAUCUGGUCCGAAUGGUCAAGCUGGGCUAGUGGAUCUCUUCAAUGCAGCACUUCUUGCGGCGGCGGAAGAUUCGUUGGUAUCCCGAAAGAAAUCUUGGAUAAAGUCGAAGACGAGUCAUUUAUAACUUGCAACUCGUUCGUCUGCCCGAAGUUCGAAAAUUGGUCGCAGUGGUCGGAGUGUUCAAAAACCUGUGGGCGGGGGACAAAGUCUAGAUCAAGACUCUGCUUGGAUCAUCUCGGCAAAAAAACUGACACUUGCGAUGGGCAAACUGAGCAAAUUAAAAAAUGCGUGUUGGUCCCUUGCCCUUACUUUAGCCAGUGGUCUGACUGGUCCGUCUGUCCUUCUGGUUGUAGAAAGAAAGAAGAUGAAACGACGCAAACUCGCUCCCGCACAUGUCAAAAUGGAAAUACCGACGAUUGUAAAGGGGAAUCACUAGAAACUCGAGAUUGCGAGAAAAUCCCUCUUUGUUCUUUCUGGGCUGAAUGGACUGUUUGGGGAAGUUGCUCGACCUCUUGUGGUCCAGGAGUUCAAACUCGAGAGAGAACGUGUAUGAACGGCUCUCCUGGCAGCGACUGCAAAGGCGAAACGGCAGAAGCUCAGCAAUGCGAAGUGGACAAGUGCGCAACGUGGUCAGAUUGGACGAAUGAAAGCGAAUGCUCAGUCACUUGUGGAAUCGGAACAAGACUUCGGAAACGAACUUGUGGAGAAGGCGUUGACUUCGACUUCGCCCGCGGAGACUCCUUCAGUCCGAAAUCUUGCCCAGUCGAUAACGAAACAACUAUCACAUCUUGCUUCAACAACGCCUGCGAGUUCUCCUGCAUAAACUCUCACUACCUAAUUGGCCGAUCUGAAGCUCUCUGCGACCCAGUCUAUGGAGAAUGGCUCACUCCACCGCCACAAUGUGUGCCAAAAUGCUCAGACGAAUCGAACAUCUUCAUUCUUACAGAUCCACUUGUCGAUAGAAAUGAGCGCUCGUACAUCAAGAAAUUCAUUGAAAACGUUGUCGAAAGACUUCUUAUCGGGGAAAAAACAAUUUUCAAGUUUGCUGAACUUGUUGACAGCGAAAACGUUCGAAUCAUCUACGACUCCUCCUCGGAUAACUCCUUCGAUGAUGCAUUCGCUGACGAGUCCGUCGAAAACAUGAAUCUGGACGAUUUCUUCGCUGCCAGAGAAAAUUCAAGACCCACGUCAAUUAUUCAAAUCCAAAACUCGGACUUGCCCAAUCCACUCUUCUUCAACUUUGUUGCGCAGUUUAUUCAACUCGAAAAAGCUGAUCUCAUCGGUCCUCCGAUCAUCGACGACGGCAACUCCGUUCCUCUUGAAUUUGUCAGUCUGAUGUCACUUUUUGAAGAUAAUUUGAUCAAGCUGGUGAACCAGCUUGUUGACAGGUUGAAGUUUUGCGUCUUCGACAGUUUUGUUCCCUGCGAAGAUAAUGUUGCUGUGGACCUGGCUUUUAUUAUCGACUCAUCUUCGUCGAUCGGCGAGGAGAAUUUCGACCUCAUCACUUCUUUCGUCGGAGAUAUUGUCAGCAAUUUCACGAUCAGUGAAACCCUCACUCAUAUUGCUGUUCUACGAUACAACUCCCAAGUCUCACCAGUCCUUUGGUUCGAUACUUUCAACACAAAAUCUGAAAUUCUCGCCGCCAUCUCCGCAAUAAACUACUCCGGCUCUGGAACUCGGACAGGCAAAGCUCUCGGCUACGCUGCUGAUUAUCUUCUCAACCCAACAUACGGCGCUAGAAGGGAAGUUCCAACAGUGACGCUGGUCAUUACCGACGGCGAAUCGCAAGAUGAUAUUUCUGCAUCAGCGCGCGAUCUCAAAUCAAAGUCGGCAGUAAUGGCGAUUGGAAUUGGCGAUGCCAAUGAAAACGAGCUCGUGCAAAUGGCUUCCUCUCCGCUCAACUUUGGCUACAAGCGCAUAUCUAACUUCGAAGACCUUUCCAACGUUACUGAUGAUGCUUAUUCGAUCACUCUCACUCACAAACCAUUACCAAAAGAAAUCAUUGAACUGUUCGAGAAAUCUGAUAUCGAAGAUAGAGAAUGUUUGUUGAAGCUAAAUCAUCUUCCUUGUUACCAUAGAAAUACUCUUACAAUCUAUGACGAGCUCGGGGUCCCACAGACUAUCAAAUAUUCCGAAGUUUUUGAUGAUUCAAAGCCCAUUGACAGCGUUUUGCAAAAAGGAAAUGAAGAAGAAAAAACAGUGCAGCAAGAGACCAAUCCAGUCCACGGAAAGCCACAAAAGUGUCGAGUAGAGGAAGAGAAAGGGAAGAAAGAUGAAGAAAAUAAUUCUGUUCUGCAGCAUGACCUGAACAUCUUCAAAGCUCUGUCCAAGUUUGAUGCUCAAGUGGCCGUGAAUAUCAUCUGCUUGAAACUCCUUUACGCCGUCUUCCGAUGCGCCAAAUUGCGCCGACAAUCCUUCAAAUAA